CACCUAUAUAAAGACCUCUCCUCCAUUAAACCAUUUCUCUUUCUAUCUUAUACCUACACUUGGAAACACUGUUCUGUUGAUUCCUGGAGAAGAAGUAAAUGUAUGCAGAAACAGGGUUAAUGUUUCCAUACUUGCAGAACUUCACUCAAGAAGUUCACCUGUUUAAUGAAUUUGGCUUUUCACAGAAGCCCAAUGCUUCUUCACUGGGUCUACCAACUAGCUUCCUUCAGACAUCGGCUACCAUUAUAUCCGACUACAACCUCGGGGGAGAUGGCGAUCUGUUCAAGGCACCCGAGCCAGUAAUUGGCGAACCUUCAGUUGGACUUGAUCCAAUGACGGCUGCAAUCACGAUGAUUUCUAGUGGAGAAGAUGUUAUCUGCCCCCAGUCAUUGACUGUAUCCGAUGUUGAAUCAUCGAUUGAGAAUGGGCAGCUUCUCAGUGAGGUUUUCUAUGAAUGCAGGAAGGACCUUUUGGCGAAAGAAGGGACUGAAACACCCCUCUCUGAAGUUCUUAGUAUCAAGAUUCCUACAGAUGAAACCUAUCUUGAUGAAAAGUCAGUUUCAUUCCAGAAAAGCAUUAGUUCAAACUCAAUUCUGGAGGGUCCAUUCCAGAAAAGUGUUAGCUCGGGUUGUUUAAAAUCUAUGGACAGUAUGGUUGAGACUCCCCUGAAUCCUAGUUUUCUGGAUUUUCCGGUUUUGGACUUUGGGGCAGUUUAUGGGAUGCGAAGAGCAUUCAGUGAAGGAGACAUCAAGACACUGGGCACCGGAGAAAUAAGUCUCAGACAAUCCCCAAUGGGGCAAAAUAACAUUCCGAGAAGCUGCAGUUCAGAUGACCGUAGGGAAAAGCUCUCACGAUACUGGAGUAAGAAAUCCAAGAGGAAUUUUGGUAGAAAAAUCAAGUAUGCGUGCAGGAAGGCUCUGGCUGACAGCCAGCCAAGAAUUCGCGGAAGAUUUGCAAAGACAGAAGAAAUGGAUAGCUUCAGGAAGCAAUAAUUUGUUCUAUGGUGAUGCACAAUAAUCCUAAUCCUGGACUACGUCACUACUACUACUACUAUUGUUCUUUGUCGUAGGUCAGUUAAAUGAAGCUUUGAUGGAAUCUACUCUCAAUAACCCUGAACUUGAAGCUUGAAAACAUUUAGUUUCAUCACAGCUGUAAUAAUCACUCCUCUGUAAAUCAAGUGCUUAGCUAUCUGUAUAUACUGUUUGGUUAAUGAUUAACUAAAUAAGAUUUCUGCAGUUUCACUAA